UCCCGGUAUCUUUUUCUCUACGAUUGGAGCUUUACUAUAUGUAUACCAUAUUACGAUCGGUAAGACAGCAUCUUCUCCCAUUUCAUUCACCCGCUCGUUCAAUAGUCAAAUAUCGCAGCGGAACAUGAAACUUCCCAGAAGCUGACUAUGGGCUAGGGAAAACCCCGUCUAUUUUCUCCCUCAGAUCUUAAGAUUUCGUUGAUCGUCUCUCGGCAUUGUGGUCAGUAAAUUAUGUGGUUUCACACCUCUGUAUGUUUUUCGCUUCUAUCUUUCCACUAGUAUUCAUUGCCUGCUCUACGUUACUAAUUGCGUUCUUAAACAGUUAAACCUCCGUAACCCUAUCUAUUUUUAUCUCGGAUGACCACUCCUUGCCCGAAUUCCCUGUUUUAGGGUUUACAACCCCUUAAAGAUUGAAACUUUGAUACUUAUUUGCUUGAUUUUUCAGGAAUCAGUAAUUUUCUGGGCUUUAGGUUUUAUGGGAUCUUGAGUUUGGUGUUAAUUAAUCUGCUUGGGUUGCUUUUUGAGUAUGCAAUGAUUCAAUUGGUCUAUGUAGGAGUAAGCUAUUAGAAGCAAGGAAAUCUGUAAAUCCAUAACAUUCUAGACCACAAUGUCGACUGCUAGCGUUGCACUAAGCCCUGUCGUUGAUGAACCAUGCUGUGUGGGCCCGCGCGAGAUGCAUUUGGACGAGUCGAUUCUGAUUUACCUAUCUGUUGGUGGGACUUCGACCCUGAUGCAAGUUUUUGGGUCUGAUUCGAUAGCUUCAGUCAAAUUAAGAAUCCAAAGGUACAAUGGUUUCUUCGUGAAGAAACAUAGGCUUGUAUAUGAAGGCAAAGAAUUGGCACGAAACAAUUCACUUGUGCGUGACUAUGGGGUGACUGAUGGCAAUGUGUUGCAUUUGGUUCUAAGGGUAUCUGACAUACAAGCAAUCACUGUUCAGACUGUUUGCGGUAAGCUUUUUGAGUUUAAUGUGGAUAGGAAGAGGAAUGUGGGGUAUGUGAAGAAGAAGAUUGCUACGGAGUUGGAAGGACUGUUUGAUCUCAAGGAUCAAGAAUUGAUAUGCGAUGGUGAGGAACUUGAAGACCAGACGGCUAUAGAUGACAUAUGUAGGACUAAUGGUGAUGCUGUUCUUCACUUAUUGGUACGUAGAUCAGCAAAAGUUAGGGCUAAACCAGUGGAAAAAGAUUUUGAAGUUUCAAUUAUAGCUUUAGAAAAUGCCAAUGAUAUGGUUGUUCCUGCUAAGUCUCUUGAACAAGUUGUUGUCUUGAAACCGCUGACUAUUCACCCAGAGGUCACUCUAACAUCUGAAAUUAAGGAGCUAAUUACUGCUACCCUUGAGGGAUUAAAGAUGGGCAAGGAACCAAUUAGAUCUUUGGAAGGUUCUGGAGGCGCAUAUUUUAUGCAAGAUUCAUAUGGUCAGAGAUAUGUUUCCGUGUUUAAGCCAAAUGAUGAAGAACCUAUGGCAGGUAACAAUCCUCGUGGGCUACCUUUGUCUACAAAUGGUGAGGGUUUGAAGAAGGGGACCCGUGUGGGAGAAGGGGCAGUAAGGGAAGUGGCGGCUUACAUUUUGGAUCACCCAAAGGCAGGCCCACGUUCAGUGUAUGUCAACGAGAAGGGUUUUGCCGGGGUACCCCCCACGGUAAUGGUUGAAUGCCUACACGAUGGAUUCAAUUAUCUGGAUGAUGAGUAUGGGUAUUCAUGUAAGAAGGCCAAAAUUGGGUCAUUGCAGUUCUUUGUGGAGAAUUCCGGAAGCUCUGAGGAGAUGGGUCCUGGCGUUUUCCCGGUGGAAGAUGUGCACAAAAUCUCAGUGCUUGACAUAAGGUUGGCCAACACUGAUAGGCACGCAGGUAACAUUUUGGUUGUCCAUAAUAAGGAUAACGGGAAACGGCAAAUUACUCUUGUUCCGAUUGAUCACGGCUACUGCUUGCCAGAAAGUCUGGAAGAUUGUACAUUUGACUGGCUUUACUGGCCUCAAGCAAAGCAGCCAUACUCUCCAGAGACAAUCAACUACAUAAAUACGCUAGAUGCUGAGGUGGACAUUGAGCUUCUCAAGUUUCAUGGAUGGAAGCUUCCUGACGAAUGUGCACGUAUACUCCGUAUCUCCACGAUGCUCCUGAAGAAAGGGGCAGCAGAGAGAGGGCUGACCGCUUUCGACAUCGGGAGCAUGAUGUGCAGGGAGACGAUAAAAAAGAAAUCUGUGAUUGAGCUGAUUAUUGAAGAAGCUCAAGAAUCCCUUCUCCCGCACACCAGUGAAGCCGCUUUCCUUGAUUGUGUAUCUUCUAUCAUGGAUCGUUACCUCGAUGAGGUGUCACAAUCCUACCAGUAAAUAGCUGUAUUUAUUCAUUAUCCAUAUAUAUUAUAUUUGCUCUUCCAUAGGUCAUCUCAUGUUGUGUUGUGUUCAUCUUCCAGCUCUACAGUCGCCCAUUAUUCUCUUUGCAAGAAGUUAAUAGGCUUUGUGAGUUGGGUUUAUAUAUAAUCUCCGGUGUUGUGUUCAGUGUGCAUAUAACUUAUUAUGGACUUGAAUAAAAACUUGUGUGUUCAUAAGUUCAUGUUCGGAUCGUGUAUCA